AUGGAAGAUGAUGACCUUGAGGAAGCCAACACUACAGUGAGCCUGACAGCCGCCACGAGCGCGGCGUCCUCUCGGUGUCUCGCUGUAUACUUGCGGAAGGGUAUCUUGCAGUCGCCAUCACCCAUCGUUCACGUCCGUGCGCACCCCUUCACGGAGCAGCAGAUUUCCCAGCCUGCAUUUUUCUCUGGAAACGCGCUCGUCACAUCUAAAGGCGACAAACCAAAAACUGCCUGUCGACAAAUUAUGAGCAGCGUGACAGCCAGCCACAUGAUCUUCUCUCUAUCCGAGUCAAGAGGAACAGGACAGUCAACUCGACACUUUGUCGCAAACAUCGCAUCUGUACCCAUCGUCACUGGCAACGGCCGCGUCCUUUCUGGCCGGUUUUCGACCAAUCGCCCGCCUUCCAAAGCUCGCUCGCAGGCACAAUUGCACGACAUGGCUCCUUACCGGAAGCCGCCUCUUCCCCUCACGCUGAGCCGAGAGGAGGUAAAGUACUACAAGCGGCUUGGCAGGGAGCGCGUGACGCAGCUUAUCCGCAUCAUUGAGGACGCUGACUGUGCGUACAAGUGGAGCAGUACCGACGGAUCCGCGUACCGUAGCCAUAGAUCGCGUCUCCCGGGGCGAACUCGUCUCAGUCUUGAGCCUAAGGACGAGCCGUCCGUUUCCUGCCAGCGCGCCAAUUUCCUGGACUUCCAGCCGACCAACAAGUCCACACACGCGUCUACGUUGCUCAAGGCCAGUGUCCAGCUCACGGACACGAAAGUGGACGAGAUCCUGCGAGCAGUCGCUAAGGUCAAGACGAAAGAUUUCAGGAAAGCCAUGCGGUAUAUGCACGGCGACGCGUUUGUGGACGGCAGAACGUUGUUCACCUUCCCGCAACAAUCUGCGCGAUCUGGUAGCGACGCCACCGAUAGAACGCCAACUAGAGCCUCGUACUCGUAUCGUGCUAUAAAGUGGCACGCCUUUAAGACACACCGGCCACGACAUGGAGAAGACGAGAAACUCUUGGAUUUUUGCUACUUAGAGUACGCAGGGAAGAAGAAACCGCAUCCUGGCUCGAAUGUCGUGGGCUUUUGUGUCCAGGAAUCGAUUUCCAGAGAUCGAGAAGUACCAACUUUAGAGAAUUUCGGCAUCGCGAGAGGUUAUCUGUCCAGAAUGGGUAUCAUCGUGUCGAAAACACACCAGCCGAACACGUUUAAGGUGACUUCGAUCUGCCAGAUCGACGGAGAUCUAAAUCCGAUCCUCUCGGCGGUGAGUGCUACAGGGACAGGAGAUGAGCCUGCGUCGUCUACUUCAAACGACACGGAGUCGUACAUCCGAGGUCUGCGUAGUCCACAGCACAACUCGUACGAGGAUAUGAUCUUCCACAUGCGUGAAUCUCGAGAUCGAGACCGUCGACAGAGUGACUUGGCCAGAGAAGUGCUGGAAGCGUCCGAUACCGAGCUGAAGCCUGCUAACCCUCCCUGUAAAAUUGACGUCAGUCCGCAGUUACGUGCCCAGGAUAAACUGCAAGCUCUUACAGAUGUUGUGACGCAUAUCCGCGAAGUUCGAGACACUAUUAACCUUACGAUGUCUGAAGCAGCGUAUGCAGAACGACAGGACGAACGCAGUGAUGAAACACAAGAGUACAAUGACAUGUACAGCGAGAUCACGAGUAUUCGUGAAGCUCUGGAGAGCUCCGUCUCCAACUUUGACGCUGCGUUGGCCAAUGCUACUAAUGCAGCGCCUGCGAUGUAUUACUCUGGACCAAGUGACCGCAGUCAAGACUCGUUCCGUGAUGGCGGCAACGAACGCGACGACGAAAUGACACCCGAUCAGUUUAAUUCGGUGGCUCGUAUCACGUUUGCUGCAGCCAGAGCGACAAGACAAGCUGGCCAGGCUUUCUUGUCCUUUGGAGAACGCCAGCAACAGCAGUCUCACGUUGCUCAUGAUGAUGCGGCGUCUGUGAGUUCGGCGUCAGUUGCGAGUUAUCCGACCAUGUAUGAUAGUGACGACAGCUCGGCCCAUGACCCAGACCCAUACUCUGCGUCCAACUAUGAGAAAAUCAUGGCUACAUACCAGCCCCAGCACGACGAUGAGGACGACGAUGACAGACACUCGUCAUACAAUUUUGCAGACUCUGUGCGUCGCGCAACCGAAAUCCACGACCUGGAGAAGAAGAUCCGCGAUUUACAGCGCAGUCUGGACGACGCACAGCGGAAGUUGUCAGUUAUCGACAGCGACGAGCCGGAACCGGAAGCACGAACUCGUCAACGGCUAGACGCUGUGCGUGAUCGCUCAGCUCAGAUGGAAAUUGAGAGCGUCUUUGAGAUCUUCGGCGAGCGUGGCGUAGAUAGCAGUCCAAUACUCGGUGAUACAUCCUCUUCUGUCUCUUCCGGACCAAGAGCUAUGUCGCUACCUUCUGACGCAAUGGGAUCGAGAGGAUUAACGACAGAAGACUUGGUUUCUGAACUCCGUGGUGUCAUGGCUUCUAGUGAGACUCCGGUACGGGCUAGUGGAGGCUCAAAGAAGUCUCUAUCCAGGUCAUCAACGCCUCCACUGCCUCCUGCAGUGACCAAGACCCCGAUCAGCCCCCCUCCACCCCCACCACUACCGGAAUCGCCUCACAAAGCUCGUCAUUCACUACCAGCUAAGCCCAAAGCUUAUGGCGGUCUUAAUGGCAGUAACGGCAGCACUACAAAGAGCCAAGCUCCUGGUGCCAAUCGACCUUCUGCAGCCCUCACGGAAGGCUCCUACUUACAAGCUUUGGGCACAACUGGUGACACCAGAAACGGUGAUGAUGACUACGCUUCAUCGUCCUCGGAUGAAGAAAGCUACGAUGACUCAUCCGACGGCUUGUCACUACUCAGCAGCGAUGGACUACGUGAGCCCCAAUUCAAGAAAUACCAGGGCUCCGAUGCGUUCUUUGUGGAGGAAGAUCUGAGCGCUUUACUCAAGAAGAGGAAGGCAGAAGGUGGGACGUCAUCUCCCAGUAACCCAGCGGAUUCGCCAUCAUCGCCGCUGCCUCCUGCUCCUGCAGUCGGCAGGGAUGAACGUGACGAGCUGCGCGAACUCAUGGCAGGACUCGUGCGUCCUCGCAGCUCCUCACUCCCGUUCCAGUCAAAACAAAUGGGAGGCGCGUCAUCUGGCGAGCCAGUUUACGACUACGAGAAGCCUUCGUGGAGCGACGACGCUCCUGACCGCGUCCCGACGGCACAUCAAGUAGACGAAGCCGUACGAGAAAUCCGCGCCUGCUUCGCCAGCUGCCGCUGCGAGUGUCCAUCUGACACGGAACGAGCACGCAAACUCACAUCCAUCUUCAAGGUACUGCGAUCUCUGCACCGUGAGGGCGUGCGCUCCAAGUUCCGUACACUGCAGCACGACGACAUUCGCUACUCCAAGAUGCUCAAAGCCACACCCAGUAUUAUCAAGCUGCUUAAGCUCGCUGGAUACGUGUCGCUGCAGCAGAAGCUCACGAUGCGACGGGUAGAUCAGGACUAUCUCGCUCUGUUCCUGCGGGAACUGGAGCAGGAACUUCAUUCUUCCGAAUGUCGUAUGAAGUGA